AUGAGGAAGGUCUAUGGGCAAGAAAAAGAGACAUUCGGAAAGACACGGGACGAACUCAGGCAUCUGUUGCACGACGCUGACAUGGAAACAGACAGCUAUGUGGUGGAAUGGUCCAACAGUGGGAUAGACUACAGUUUCUUGAAGAUGAUCAUGCAACAACACACUCCUUCAAACUCCAUUCUACUUAUCCAUUUCUGGAGGCCCGUCCUCCCUGGAUUCUUAAAAUUUGGUAAGGGCGAGCUACGGAUCGAUGAACAGAUAUCCCGGCUACAAAAGCAACUGGUGAUGGAGUACGACAAGGACGAAGAAUCCGAUGAUGGUCAAAGUGUGAAAGACGUCGACUCACUCGAGACUCAGAUUGCUCACGUAGAGGCGAUGGAAGCAAUGACUGGUGGAGAGAAAAAAUUCGCUGAUCUCUUUCUUAAAUCUUUCGGUACACUACCGUCUGUCGACUCAAUCUCUGGUCCCACGAACAGCACCAGUGUCGGGGAACGAGGUUCUUAA